AGGAAGCGGCAUCAGGUGCAAGAGGUCAGGCCGAAGGCUGGCACACAUUCCCCUCUCCCUUUCUGCUUUCCUCCUCCUCUGCAGUGAAAAGGAAACCAGAGAACGAUGCCCUCCUAGAACACACUCCAAGGAUCCCCACCGAGAUGUAUAUAGCCUCGUGGUACCAAUCCAUUGGUUGCGACAGGAAUUCCGCCGGCGGAUAAUCAGUUAGCAUCGUCCCUGUCCUGCUCUGCUCUGCUGGUCUAGCUAGCUAGCCCGGUCCAUGCAAAUGCCGUUCUGCCCCAAGCUGUGGGAUCGGAGCCCGGUCCCGCCGGCCAACGCCAUCGCCGUCAAUGGCACGGUGGUCGUCGCCAACACCUUCGGCCUCUCCGCGCCCGGCAAGUCCACCACCCUGCGCCUCUUCAGCGGCACCCAAAUCGACCACGAGACGGGGAAGGGGAUGCUGAGCCCGGAGGCCCCGCUGAGGGGCGGCAAGAAGAGCAAGCACGGGAAGACGAGCACGACGACGUACCAUGUGACGUUCGUGGUGGACGCCGACUUCGGCACGCCGGGGGCCGUGUCCGUCCGGAACGGGAACCGCGCCGACCGCUUCUUCCUCCGCCACGUGCGGCUGGAGCUCGCCGAGGACCGGAGCAUCCACUUCGAGUGCAACUCCUGGGUGUACCCAUACAAGAAGACCGCCUCCGACCGCCUCUUCUUCGUCAACACGAGCUACCUGCCUUCCAAGACGCCGGAGGCGCUGGUGCUGCUGCGGGACGAGGAGCUGAGGAGCCUGCGAGGGGACGGCAAGGGAGAGCGCAAGGACUGGGAGCGCAUCUACGACUACGACCGCUACAACGACCUCGGCAACCCCGACAACCCGGAGCACGUCCGCCCGGUCGUCGGCGGCACCAGGACGCACCCCUACCCGCGCCGCUGCCGGACAGGCCGUGCCAUCAGCAACACCGACGGCGUGACGGAGACGCGCAAGCACGUGAUCAACCUGGACUUCUACAUCCCGCCGGACGAGCGGUUCAGCCCGGGGAAGCUGGCGGAGGUGCUGAAGCUGGGGGUGCAGGCGGUGACGCACUUCGUGAUCCCGGAGGCGAGGACGCUGGUCCACGGCAACGACUUCAAGUCCAUGGAGCAGCUGAGGAAGGACCUGUACAGCAGGCCCGUGCAGCCGGCGGUGGACGGCGAGGUCAUGGAGAAGCUCAAGUCCUCCGUGCCGUCCCACAAGACCUACAAGCAGGUGGCCAAGGCCGUCAAGGAGGAGCACCCCGCCAGGUUCCCCAUCCCGCAAGUCAUCCAGCAGGAUCCUGAGGCGUGGAGGAGCGACGAGGAGUUCGCAAGGGAAAUGCUCGCCGGGCUCAACCCUGUCGCCAUCAAGAGAUUACAAACGUUUCCGCCGGUGAGCAGUGGCGGGAAGAAGAGCUCGAUAACCGCCGAGCACAUCAAGAGCCAGCUUGGAGAUGUCACCAUUGAAAUGGCAAUGCAUCAGAAGAGGCUGUACAUCCUGGACCACCAUGACUACCUGAUGCCGUACCUGAGGCGCAUAAACACGCUGGGCGUGUGCAUCUACGCGUCGCGCACGCUGCUGUUCCUCAAGGCCGACGGGACCCUCAAGCCGGUCGUCAUCGAGCUGAGCCUGCCCAGCGACGGCGAGGGCGACACCGAGCUGAGCCGGGUCUUCCUCCCCGCGACCCACGGCACCGAGGGCCACCUGUGGCAGCUCGCCAAGGCCCACGUCUCCGUCAACGACUCGGGGUACCAUCAGCUCAUCAGCCACUGGCUGUUCACGCACGCGGCGGUGGAGCCGUUCAUCAUCGCGACCAGGAGGCAGCUGAGCGCCAUGCACCCCAUCCACAAGCUCCUGGAGCCGCACUUCAAGGACACCAUGCAGAUCAACACGCUGGCCAGGAGCAUACUGCUCAACGCCGGCGGCAUCCUGGAGCGGACCAUGUACCCGGGGAAGUACGCCGUGGAGAUGUCCUCCGCCAUCUACGGCGACUGGAGGUUCACCGAGCAGUCCCUGCCAAACGACCUCCUCAAGCGGGGGGUGGCCUCCAGCUCCGAUGAGCCCGGCGGCCUGACCCUGCACAUCGAGGACUACCCGUACGCCGUCGACGGGCUCGAGGUGUGGCACGCCAUCGACGGGUGGGUGCGCAGCUACUGCGCCCACUUCUACCACAGCGACAAGGAGGUGGACGGCGACGCGGAGCUGCAGGCGUGGUGGCACGACGUGCGCACCGUCGGCCACGGCGACCGGCAGGGCGACCAGGCGUGCUGGCUGGCGCUGGACACCGUCGACCACCUCGCCCAGACGCUGUCGACGCUCGUCUGGAUCGCCUCCGCGCUGCACGCGGCCGUCAACUUCGGGCAGUACGCCUACGCGGGGUUCCCCCCGAACCGGCCCACGCGGUGCCGCCGGUUCGUGCCGCUGCCGGGGUCGCCGGAGAUGACGCAGCUGGAGGCCGACCCGGAGAAGUUCUUCCUGGAGAUGGUGCCCGACAGGUUCACCGCCACGCUGGGGCUGGCGCUCAUCGAGGUGCUGUCCAACCACACCUCCGACGAGGUCUACCUCGGGCAGCGCGCCACGUCCACGUGGACGGACGACGGCCAGCUGCUGCGCCUGCUGGACGGGUUCCGGGAGGACCUCCGGCGGGUGGAGAGGCGGGUGGAGGAGAGGAACAAGGACCCGCGGCUCAAGAACCGGAGGGGGCCGGUCAAGGUGCCGUACACGCUCUUGUUCCCGGACGUGGCCGGCCAGGAGAAGGGGCUCACGGGGAAAGGGAUACCCAACAGCGUCUCCAUAUGAUCGAUCCACGUCUAUAUGACUAUGUAAAUUUAUCUUCAUUUGGGUUUUGGGUGUUCUUUUAUAGUUUGGGGUGAUGCGGAUUUCUUUGUUGGUUUGAGUUUUAGUGUUUGUUGUGUAAAAUGGUGAUCGGCUUGAGAUUCAAAAAAUUGAAAUGGAGCUUGCUGUUUGGAAACAGACCUCACAAGGGUCAUUUCCCUUGUCAAAGAUAAAACUGUUGGACCCC